CGUAUUAUAUGCACAGAAAUAAUCGCUUCCCACUAAGAAUCAAAUAUCUUAAAACAAACUGACAAAAAAGGAACUGUAAUGUAAAGGACGUAUUUUUUUUAAAUAUAAUAAGUUGGCAAACGAACAAGCGGCCACAUUUAUUCACCGAAAUAUCGUAGAGACCAUUGACCAUAGACAUCUGAAAUUGCAAAUGAGUUGCCUACCUUGAAUUCAUGAAGAAGGGGAAACACAGAAUGUGGAUAUGAAAUGAGGCCUUUGGCAAACAUCAGACGAAACGUGGAAUAACUUGCACUUCACAUCUGUCUUCUGUGUGGUCGUGGUAUCUCAUCGGCAUCAUUUUUUUGCUAUCGUGUACCACUGUCAUAUGCUGCAAUGACAAGUUUUCGAAUGUAUUGUGUUAUUUUACCGAAAUGGUUCCGCGCGGCCGAGUUGCUAACUCCAAGGACGUUAGAAUACUUUAUUACGGCAAGGACAUCAACAAGCCGGUCGUGUAUCACUACGCGAACAUCAAACAAUUGCUGGCAGACCCCGAGUUUGACUUAAGCAAACCCACAUCACUGUACAUUCACGGGUACGUGGAGCAGGCGACAGACGACAGCAUACUAACUGUGGUGAGGGCGUAUCAGAAACGCGGCGGUCACAACCUGCUAUUGCUGGACUGGAGUAACCUCGGCUUCGGCAAUUACAUCAACGUUAUACUGGACUUGAAGCUGUUGGGCGAGGAAACAGCGAAGGCAAUGGCAAAGUUACUCAAAGGUGGUCUCUCUAUCGACGGGCUGCACUUGAUCGGUCACUCGCUCGGGGCACAUCUCGGCGGCUUUACCUGCAGAUAUUUGAAGAAUUUAGGAUAUAAAGUUCCCAGGUUAACGGCAUUAGACGCGGCGUACCCGGGCUUCUACCCCGCGUUAUUCCUGAAGCCUCUCAGUGAGCAGGACGCGCGCUUCGUCGACGUCAUCCACACUGACGGCGGGGGCUUCGGCGCGCCCCUGGCCAUAGGCCACGCAGACUUCUGGCCUAACGAGGGCCGCGCCAAGCAACCCGGAUGUUUGCCACUCACUGUGCCUCUUACUGUGGAAGACUUCUGCAGUCACUGGAGGUCGUGGCGGUUCUGGGCGGAGUCUGUGGAGGGCGGCGAGUUCGCGGCGCGGCGCUGCAGCGGGUACGACGCGUUCUUGCGCGGACAUUGCCGCACAGAGCCCAUAGUCUACAUGGGGUACAACGCUACCUCCCUGUUGCGUGGAAAUUAUUAUUUAAGGACGGCCGCGGAAUCUCCCUUUGCAUUGGGUGAAAGAGGAGCGGACUGAUUCCAACAAUCAAUACAAUAAUUAUUAUUUGUUACAUUAUAGACGACAUAAAGAAACAAAAACCUGCAAUAGCUGAUUAAAUCUUAGUUUAAUAUAA